AUGGCGACGCUCGCCGUCGCCGACGCCUGUCGCGCGCCGCCAAAGUGUCGCGGGAGACUGUUACGGAGCAUCCCGCGUCCAUGCGCCCGCCUCGGGAUACGUAUCAGAAACUCUCCGUCCCCGCCUUCCCUGCAGGAGGGCUCGACAAACAACCGUAACGGCACCGUCAGGUUCGACCCUCGGGUGAGGUUCAACCGGACCGCGGUCGUCGCUCGCGCGACGUUACUACUACCGACAGACACGUGGGAGAUAUGGGCAUGUCUCCUGGCCUCGGCCGCCACCGGCUACCAUCUCAACAAGACGCCCGUCGGAGGAGCACUGUCGGGGCCGGUCUGCGCGAUGCUCUGCGGCGCGCUGCUUGCGAACACCGGCAUUCUCCCUCCUCCGGGUCCCCACUUCACCGUCAUCCAGACCGGGGUGGUAAGCCUCGCGACGCCCCUCUUGCUCCUCGGCGCGGAUCUUCGCGUCGUGUUCACGCGGACGCGUCGUUUGGUGGGCGCGUUCGGCGUCGGCUCGAUGGCGACGGCAAUUGGCGCCGUGUGCGCAUUCGCCGCGCUGGAGUCGUCGACGCACUGCAUGACGGAGCUCGGCGUCAACGGCGACGGGUGGAAGGUGGCGGCGGCGCUGGCGGCCAAGAACAUCGGCGGCGGGAUCAACUACGUCGCGGUGGCGAACACGCUCGGCCUCUCCCCGGAGGCGCUGGCGGCGGGCAUCACGGCUGAUAACUUCUUCGCGCUCGUGUACUUCCCGGUCGUGUCGUGGCUCGGGGGCGAACCGAGGACGCACCCUAGGGACGGAACCGGCGGGCUGGUCACCGCGGGCGCGGUCAACGAGGAUGACGCGCCGCUCCCGUCCGCUCGCAGGGCGACUUGGAGAAGCGUGGACGAGGUGGACGAAAUCGAGACGUGGAUGACGUUCGACGAGGGAAAACGCGACGAACAAGCCGCAGAGACGAAUCCAAACGAUUCCAAACGAAUCCGGACGUCGCCAAAGGCGCCCGCACCGUCCGUCGGCGACAUGGCGACGGUGCUCGCGACGUCUUGCGCGGUGGUCGCCGCCGCGAGCAGGAUCGCCCCGCCGGAGCUCGGAAUUCUUCCCACGGAGACUCUCAUCGCGGUCGCGUUGGCGACGUUCUGUCCGAGGAGCUGGAAUAAACGGCUUCAACCCGCGGGGGACGCGAUGGGCAACCUCCUUCUCUUCGUGUUCUUCGCGUCCGCGGGAGCGGCGGGCGGGGCGAUCACGUCGGUGUUCGCGUAUCCCGCGCUCUUCGCGUUCCUGGCGAUCCUGUACGUCGUGCACAUUUCGCUGAUGCUCGCGGUGAGCAAGUGGAAAAGUCUCGGGCUGACGAGGGAGGAGAUUUUGGUAGCGAGCAACGCCAACGUCGGGGGACCGGCGACGGCUGGCGCGCUGGCGGCGGGGAAGAACUGGACGGAGCUCAUCGGACGUUCCUCGGGCUUGGACUGUCCAAGGUAUUCUACGCGUUGA